CCCACAAUCACGCUCGGCCACGCGACCUCCAGCUACGCCCUCACACGACCCACGAGUCGACGUACGCGUAUAUCAGCGAUCGUCUGCCCUGUAAAUUCCAUUCUCCGCCGUCUAGAUAGCGAAACGAGCCUCGAGCGAGACGAAGCGGCCGACGCACACCGACCGAUCCCCAUCUUCCCAUCUCGUACAAUGGCAAUGGCAUGCUGAGUGAUUACGGCCACUGGUGGCACGCCUUAUGGCGGCCUACUAUGGGCACUCCAUCAGUCGGGCUUCUGUAGGCAGAGGCAGCGGACUCGACCUGAUCCUACCGAGUGGAGCGUGUGGUUUCAAGGACUUGAAUGGAGGCCUCCAAGCUCCGCAAUGUGGGUGCAAGCGAUUCUGGCUGAGAGAGCCGAUUGCGACACCAGAUCAGCAGAGUGAAAGAGCAUACUGUUACUGUGGACAUCACGCGUGCUUCCAUGAUGGCGAGCGACAGAACUUCGUCGCAGACGACGCCAAUGCUCAGGGCGUGCGAGUUGUUACAGACACGCACGUCGCAUCGCAGCAGCAAUUCAGACAAUCCAACGACAAUAACCACUUCGUAGCACCGACUUGGAGCGAGCUCGUACGAGGCUCUGAUGAGGCAAGAAGAGAUGGCGCUACGCCCAUGGGGCGGGCUCAACACUCCGCAGGUCUGGGCAUCACAAAUGAUUCUCAGCCACGAUCUAUCAAUACGAGACUGUGGGAUGCCUUGAACGGCUUUGCUCGGCAACAAGCAGAUGACAUGCAAGCUGGCGGUCUUUCGGGACUUCCGUCUACGGCACCAAUACCAUCCACAGGUGCGCCUAGCAUAGCCGGAGACGCAAGGCCAAGUCCAGCUCGAGAUCUGCAAGAUCGUUGCAACCGCUUCAGAUCAAUGGGACCACCUGUCACCAUUCCUCAUGCCGAAGUCAUGGCGAGCGUUGCUGGGCCAUACAGCGCGACGGAAGUGGCAACAGAAGUCGUUACGCCCAGCGUUCGUGGAACACCCGAGUUCAGACGAAGCUCGCCCAGAAAUGCUGCCCAGACCACCAUGGCUCGACAAGCCGCUCGAGCACCUCCCUCGGAAUCAAGCCAGCCUCGAAGGCCCUCCGCUCGACCAGUCAGCGCUGGACCCUCGCUUUCGAUCCAGGAAAUGUGUAACACGAUCCAGAACUUUGGCCAGCGUAUUGCACAGCUGGAAAGUAUGUCCUUCGACAAUAUGCCUAGCCAUGAGGUGCGAUCAUGGUUUGAGAUGCAGGAUGGUCGACUACUUGAUCUCGAGCAUUGGCGAGAGGAUCAGUCAGAGACACAAGCAGCAGAUGAUACGCAUCAGAAGCUGUCCUUCUUGGAAGAACGACUCGUAGAGCUCGAGUCGUGGCGCGAACAGGCUGAGACCGAGGACGAGCCACCACAUUCGCCACCAGUUGCGGGCACCAAGAAGCGACCCCUUCUCCCAGAUACUGGCUCCUUUGAUUCGGACGAGUCUUUCGACCUCAGCGCUGCCAAGCAGACUGAAGCUGUCGUUCUCGCAACGAUCGCUGCUAACGCUGAAACUGGACCACGCAUUGACGCGCUCGAGUCUCGCAUUGCAGAGCUUGAGAACGCAUCACUGCCAACAUUCGCGCGACCGUGGACCAUUCAAGUUGUCCUCCUACCUUUUGGCAGACAGUUGCCGGGCGUAUGGUUUUCUUCAUCUGAGGCCACUCAGCCAUCCGCUCGCGACGCUGACCAUCCCACUUCGCGAGAGUGGUCUGCUCCCAAUGGAGGCUCGAAAUCAUCAUUCAGAUCUGCCGCAACCAGUGGCGCAUGGACGACCGAGUCAAUUGAGGCGUGGGCGAAAGAGACCGAGGAGGAGUGGCUCUCUCCCAAGGCUUGUGGACCCAGUGGAACCGUGUUCCAGCGCCUGGCCAGUCGAGGACUUGUGCGAGAGGUUGAGAUUCAGGCACCGGAUGCCGCGCACAUCUUUGCUGCAAUCUCAUCAGUUUUUGGAGACAUUCUCGCCACCGAAGAGACCGUUACCACAGAUCUUGGGACGAAAUAUCACGGUUUGAAAGAAAAGUUCAUCCCGCUGCGCAAAGUGCGGAAAUCGUCUCGAUUGCGCUUUUUGAGCCUGGCAGAGAUGAUUACGCCAACUUCGUGGUCUGCUGACUUUCUGGAUUCUAGUGUGUUCAUGAAAGCAAACGGCGAGAGGAGAUUGUACUUGACAACACCGCACGGAUACUUGCAGCCACCUCGAUCUGGUUGGAAUUGGCAGAGGGUUCGACAAUUGCCGCUGUACGAUGGAGAUGGCGAGCUUCAGGCCGCUGAAGCUCUUGGCAAAGUUGUGGACGCGUGCUGGUCUUUCACACCGCGACUGGAUCAUGCCACCAGCCCUCAGUCCUCCUAUGCCUCUGGAGAUUCACCAUGGAGCGAGUCUGUCUUCAAGGAUUUCAGGGAAAUGGACGCUGAAGACGAAGUGGACAUUGGCUCACCGGUCGCGCGCAGACAAAUCCAGCGCCGCUCGGUUUCGUUUCCCAACUCCACAUCGGCGCAUUUCAUGGAAGUCGAUCCUGCCACAAAGAGAAGGGUGACCUCUUUCGAUCUGGAGACUACCAAUCAUGUUCAGCUUUCGACUGAGGGCUCGACGAAAAGACGUCGAAUAUCCACUUCCCCAGAAUGGGAGCGGCGAGGAUUCGGUAUUACCCCACGAUACAGCCCUCCCCGAACCUCCGUCGAGCUCUAUCACCGAAGCAGUCAAGCCGCCAGCAGUCGAGGUAGGGGUACCACGCCCUUUGCCAUGCCCACACCGCGCUCGCACAACGAUUCGCGGGGCGACGAUAACGACCUGGAGAUCGACGACGAGCUUCCGAUGAUCUAUAGCGAAAAUGGCGAGGAACUCGAGGAGGAGUGGGAGGGAAUGCAAGAUGCUCCGACGACCUCACCGGUGGCCGCCGAUGGACGUCGACAUAAGGGCAUCAUAGACGAAUAUGUUGACCAGGACGACCUGGACGCGGGCGAAACCAUUUACGAAGUAUUCGAUGAAAUCUGAUCUUGCAAAGAAGCAGGGAGGGGGCGCGGGGAGGUGAUCGAAUCUGUCAAGAGGUCAACAUUAGGGCACUGUUCCUUAGCCCGGCACGGAUUAUGUCGGCUCAAGCAGGAAGAAAGUGAUACAUUUGAAGCCUAAUGUGACUUCAGCUAAGGCAAGGGUGGGGGAGGUACUUUGGCAUAGCAGCAGCAUUCAUACAGCGCUACUCUUGAUAACGCAGGGCGAAUUUGGUCUGCGAUGUAGACUGAGACUGGCAUCUCUGGUCAUUGUAGAUUAGAACGGACAUUAGUUAGCUCUCCAAUCCACGAUAAGUGAUCACGAAGCCGUACUCCCUCUGAGUACUGGUACUUGCGUUCCGAUGCCUGGCAACACGGGUCCUUGUCGAGCCGAACUUCCUUUCGGGUGCAAUAGCAGCGAACGGCAUGCU